UUCCUACGUCUGUCUGCUUUUGACCCUCCAAAAUCCCAUAUCCCCUCCUCAUAUAUAUCACUGUUAUCACAUGAACAAACAUUCUAUAUCCCAAAAUCCCUUCAAGUUCUACACUUUUUGCAACUACAUAUCUAUACAAAUUACACAAGAUUAUUAGUUAUUUGGUAUCUUUCUCUUUGAAUAGCGAUUCGAUUCGAUUCAAUUCGAAAAAGGUUUCAUAUUUAGAGAUAUUAUGAGUAUGAUUUUCUCGUGGAGGAGGAGGAGAGCCGGCCGUGCCCGUGCCCGUGCCCGUGCCCGAAAGGAUGAGUUUCCGGAUAUGGAACUCUCCAUUCCGACUCAUUUUCGCUGCCCAAUUUCGCUCGAUCUAAUGAAAGAUCCAGUUACAUUGUCUACUGGGAUAACGUAUGAUCGAGAAAGUAUCGAGAAGUGGAUUGAUGCCGGGAACAUAACGUGCCCGGUGACCAAUCAAGUGCUAAGGAGCUUUGAUCAAAUCCCGAAUCAUGCCAUAAGGAAGAUGAUUCAAGAUUGGUGUGUGGAGAACAAAUCUUAUGGCAUUGAAAGAAUACCAACUCCUCGAAUUCCGAUUACCCCAUACGAUGUUUCAGAGAUUUGCUCAACAAUAGAGGCUGCAACGCAGCAUCGAGAUGCAAAAAAGUGCCUAGAUUUGCUUAGAAAGAUGAAGAAUUUGGCCAAAGAAAGUGAACGUAACAAGCGUUGUAUCGUGCAGAAUGGAGCUGGUUGUUCAUUAGCAGCUUGUUUCGAGCUUUUCGCGAGUUUUUCAACAGAAGAAUUCACUGACUUAUUGAAGGAAAUUUUGUCUGCACUCACAUGGACAUUCCCACUAGGCGAAAAAGGCAAAUCUAAGCUGGGAUCAGCAAUUUCUCUUCGCUGUAUUUCAUUGUUUUUGAAAGGGGAUGACCUUUCUUCAAGAAAACAUGCAGUUCUAGUCUUGAAAGAACUGAUUUCAGAAGAUCAAGAUUUAGUUAACAGGCUAAUGGAAAUUGAAGGCAUUGUGGAAGCAUUGUUUCAGGUUGUGAAAGUACCAAUUUGCCCUACAGUUACAAAGGCAAGUCUAGUGGUUAUCUACCAUAUGACAAUAUCGGAAAACGGUGAAAUUAUCACAUUAAAGUUUGUGGAC